UUGAUUGUGGAUUAUCUUUAGGACAUGAUGUUCCAGCUACUCCGAGGUCUGGAUUUUCUUCAUUCGCACCGAGUAGUACACCGGGAUCUGAAACCACAGAAUAUCCUUGUCACCAGCAAUGGACAGAUUAAAUUGGCUGAUUUUGGCCUUGCACGGAUCUACAGUUUUCAGAUGGCUCUUACCUCAGUGGUUGUCACUUUAUGGUACAGAGCACCUGAAGUCUUGCUUCAGUCCAGUUAUGCCACGCCAGUGGACCUAUGGAGUGUUGGCUGCAUAUUUGCAGAAAUGUUUCGUCGAAAGCCUCUUUUUCGUGGAAGUUCAGAUGUUGAUCAACUAGGAAAAAUCUUGGAUGUCAUUGGACUUCCAGGUGAAGAAGACUGGCCAAAUGAUGUGGCCCUUCCCAGGCAGGCUUUCAAUGCAAAAUCUCCCCAACCGAUUGAAAAGUUUGUAACAGAUAUCGAUGAGCUAGGCAAAGACUUACUUAUGAAGUGCUUGACAUUCAACCCGGCAAAGAGAAUUUCGGCUUGUGGUGCAUUGUCUCACCCGUAUUUCCAUGAUGUAGAGAAGCCUCAUGAGAAUGUGGACCCUCGGACAUCCCCCAGCCAAAGCAGCAGUGAGGGGAACAGCGCUUGAGGCCACGGAUUCUCUGAAGCUGAACUGACGACUGAGGGGGCCACCUCCCGGGGGAGGCCGAGCGGCUGCUGAUCACUUCUGGGCUUCUGGAGGCUUGGCCUCUCUCUUCUGGAUGGCGAUUUGUUUCUCCCGGGAAACUGGCCGAGUUUACUGUUUCCAAAUCAAUGCAAAAGCAAUUUUGAGCUUGAUGUUUGUGUGUCUGUUUGUUCGUUUGUUUGUUCAUUCGAAAUACCUGGAAAAACGAGACAAAAACAAAACAAAAAAAAAAAAAAAAACUCCAGAUGAAGAGAAGCUGCUGACCAGUUUUGCUGCCGUUUCUUUUGUCCAACAUCGAAUGCUGCCAGAGUGAAGUAGGAAUGAUUCAGUCACUGCCGAUUUCAGAUGUAAUCUCUCUAUAGCUGCUGGAGCCUGAUUUGGUACUCUUGAGUGUGUGUAGGGGUGUGUGUGGGUGGGUGUGCGUGUGUGCAUGUAUGUAUGCGUGUGUGUGCUUGUGGUCUCUUAAAGUGUUAUUUUUUUAACUACGUAGAAUAAUUGAAUUUUUAGAGGCUGGAGGGAAUGGAAUACAGAUGCAUCUAUUUACUGAAGAGAAAAUACCAGAAUUAGGGCUUCUCCAAUGAGAAAUAUGUGCCUGUGUUGACAACAUCUCCUUUCUGUUUAAAUGCAGUAAGUUUAUAAGGAGUGAAAGUGUUUAUUUCUACCUAGACAAAAGUGGAUGCACACUGAAAAAUUCAUCCUUGUCUUUCCAAUGCCCCUAUGAUUAUCUUUAAGGAAAGUAUUUCAAAAUACGUAAUAUCCUCUGCCCUCUUUGGAAAGCUGAUUUUAUUCGAUGCAAAUCUGUUUUGAUUGUACAACAUAAUUAUUUUUCUCUCAAAACAGGUCCCAAAAAUCAUUUCCCUACUUAUUAUUGACUUCAGGAAAUGUCCCUCUUUAAAAAAAAAAAAGUAAACGAAAAUGGCAAAAAAAAAAAAAGAGAGAGCCUUUGUUUUUCUGGUUUGCAACUUUUAAACAUUUUGUAAGGCCUCUGUUUUUAAAGCAUUUCCUAUUUUAGUUGAGAGAAUCCUUCUUUUCUAGCUGGUUACAGGAAUGCCCUAAGCGUUAUCUCUACAUGUUAACACUGUACUUUCUAUAAUGCACUGCCUUACUUGCAAAAUGUGUAUUGCAUAUUACCUCCUAGUGCCUAAGUACAUUACUGCCAGCUGGUUACUUACGUCAUUUUACACACUAUCUUCAUGUGUCAGACACACCUCUCGUUAUCUAUGGAAUAAGAUUGCAACUUCAUUACCCUAACUCUACAACCUUAUUCAGGCCUCAGUGGUCUUCCUCUCAAGGAUCAUACAUCAUGGUCCUGUGCUUUUGUAGCUUAAGGAGAUGAGUCGGUUACACAUGUCCCUCUAUGCCACCAGCAAAAAAAAUGUACAAACCAGUAGAGAAGAUGGCUUGAACCUAUAAUUUAGUAUUUUUACUUUGGUAAUACAAUAUAUUUUCAGUACAGCAUUUGUCUUUCAAAAAGGGCAAAAAGAAAAAAAAACCUUUAACUAUUUUUCAGGAAUAGCUUUCUACUCUACAAAAGCAAACAUUAGGUUUUCUUCCCAUUAGUGUUUCCUCUUGCUCUUUGGUUCGGGUUAGGGAUCCUUUAUGAAAGGCAUUCAGCCUAUUCCUGGUUCUUAGGCUCUUGAUCCCCCACUGCGAAUGGAGAUCUUUAUAUUGUGGCUAGUUCUGUAUUUUCCUGCUUCUUCAUGGUCCUCCACCUUAACCUUACGGAUAGCUGCUUUCAUGGCCACACACCCCCUCAGUCUUCUGCUCACGCACACUCUGUUUUCUAGUGACUAAUGUCUGAUAGCAAGAACAUAGCCAACCAACCGUCUUUGGAGAAAUAAGGUAGACUGUCACUUUUGCUUUUAGACUCUUGCUUUGAACAUACACAUCAGUUUAGAUUAUGUUCAGAGGCAGAAUUAUUAAAGAAUGGAUAAAUACCAGCCUGAGUCAGACUAAAAGACAGCAUGUAUACAUUUAUGCUUUUAAAAGCAUUAUAGUAUUCUUGAGAAAUAACAAUAUGCAGCUUCUUGGGGUAUGCAAAUAUAUGAAACUAUAGCAAAAGUAAAGGACAUCUAGGUUUGAGGAGUCACUUUUUAAAAUAAAAAAUACAUACACAUAGUGGUUGGCUUCAGUGAUACAAAGGAUGAAUUCUCCUUUGAAAUAAAGUGAGGUGGCAUCUAAGAAGAAUAUUUCACAUGUUUUUCAGUAUUUCAACAUCAGUAACUGGGUUUUUGGCCAUUGGCAUUAAUCCUUGAAAUAAAAUUAUCUUGAAAGUGGUCUAAAUAAUACCAAAUAUGACCAGGAAUGGUGCAAAUUUUGCUUUUCUUUGGGGCACUGAGUUAAAACAAACAGGAGGACCUGUUUUAUCCUAUCAUAAACUUGAGUUAAGGAACUUUCUUCCUUGCUACUACAUGAGCUUCUAAGUUAGCCUCCAUCUAGCCAUCACUUAGGCAAAAGUUUGAGUCACAAAGUUAGCAUGAGAAAAAACACAAGUGUGCUGUGCGCUCUUGUGCUUGUUUUUUAAUUGGCUUAGGAAGUUUGCUUUUCCUUUCUAACAUUUACCAUUGACUUAAUUUUUUAGUUUUUAAUGAGAUUUUAAAAAAACACAUAUUUUGGCCCAACAUCCUUCCCAAAAUUAGACCCUGGUAACACAAAAUAAGAUAAAGCAAUUCACCUUCUUGUGUUAUCCCAUCAGUCAGGCUUAACCCUUAUCUCUUCUGUUAAUUCAUAUAUUGGACCAGCAAGACUCUUUGGUCAUUUUGUGCUUGUGGUGGUCACCUCCAUGUUCACCAUUUCCUGAUUGAGGGUCCACACCAGGCCCCAUUGCUUUCAAGGAGAGGUUUUUCCCAAAUCCUCCAGAAAAGCACUGAGUUUUUACUCUUCUGGAAAACAUUGUUUCAUAGAUCUUUGCUAAUGCCAAGAAGCCAGGGACAUAUCAGAACUCAAAAUACCCAUUAAGCCUUAUCUAAAAAUCCAUGUAACAAAUUAGAAAUACUUGGCAGAUUGAAGCUAAGUGUGAAGACUCUUGUCGGCCUGGUGAAAAAAUGUACACAAUGUUUCCCAUGUUACAUUGAAAGAGAACUAUAUAAUGUUUUAUACUGGGUGGCCAUUGCCUUUUGCCAAAAGCUUCUGUAGCAAAGUAAAGAUAAAGAAAAUACAGCACAGGGCAGAGUUUUAUGGUUAGUCCUGGACAAUUAGAGUGAAUCAAAGCCUGGUGUCCAGUCUUACGAGUUAUAUGAUAUGUCAAAGAGGUAAAAACCUAACCUAAAGGAAAGAGGCUCACAGGAAACUAAGGCAAAAGGGAUGGGAUUCUCCCAUUUUGUUUCUGUUCUGAAGUCAACGGAAACUUGGGAGUUCAAGGAGGAGGAAUCUUGUGGGCAGACUCACCCCCUCUCCUCUCAUAGUUUCCUUUUAACAAGCAUGCAUCUUGGAUUUCAGGCCUUCUAGCCCCCAGGGGGCUCUCACCAGAAAAGAUCAGAAUUAUCCAACCUAAGAAUAGAAUCUUGGCAUCUUGUUAACUUGUAGGAGGUACCGUACUUAAGAUCUCUAGUAUAAAAAAGGUCCAGGAUUACAACUGGAGCAGUCCAUUUUUUAUCUUGUUUGGUUGGGGGUUUUUUGUUUUGUUCCUUUUUUUAUUGAGAAAUUUCUCUUUAGUUUGUGACAGAAAUAUAUCAAUACCUUGCUAGGGAAAUUCUUUUAGACAUACCAGAUACUUUUCUCCUUAAAUUAUGUAUUUGGUAUUAUGGUUCUUGGUUACACACUGUGGACCUUCCGCCCAAGUAAAUGUUGCAUGCGGAGUGUCAGAGUACCAGUAUUAGCAAUCCCUGUUGGAUCAUAGAAACAAAAUCAUGUAGAACUUCCUAACAACACAGCAUACAUUAAAAUUCAGCUUACCAAGGACAGCAUUAUUUCCUUUCCCUUCUUAGAAGAUUCAAGUAUUUUUGUAUUAAAUAUGCCAGACCACAUAUCUUCAAUUUCACUCCAAAGUGUAGCCCUUGAGGUCACAUCAACUAUAUCAAAACCCAGAAGCUGUUAAAUUGUUUGAUGUGGCAGACGAUGCUUAGAGGGACCACCAUUGUUCGCCAUUUUGGUUCAUUCUUUCUUACGAAAAGAAUUAACCUUAGAAAGAAAAUGUCGUUAUAGAAUCUUAGGUACUGAAGGAUUUUUUUUAGAGGAGUGAAACCUUUAGAUUGAGAGAUAAAUAAGAUGUCAUUUGUUUAAACACUUUUGUAAAAAUAUGAGUUAUAAAAACAAUGGAGAAAGUUAGAGGAAGUUCAGAAGAAAAAAGGAAAGUAUCCAGAGGCCAUGUUUGUAUCAAAGUAUACAUAUUGCUAGCAUGUUUUGUAAGAAUAAGUUAAAAUUCUGAUGGAAACUCUGAAUUUAGUAUACUCUAAAGAGCUUUCUUGGAGAAACUGAUCCUAGGUUCCAAGAUGUUCAGUUUUUUAUCAUAGUUAUCUUCAUUCAUUUAGUUGAGUAAAAUGAGUCAGCCUGUAAUUUCGUGGCCCAAAAAAAAAAAAAGUUCAAACUAAGCUUGUGGCUCGUAAUUUAAAAUGCUAA